AUGACCGGAACAGCUGUGGUGAUGUUGAGUGUGCUCUUCAUCCUGUCUGUUGGUGCAGAGGAUAAAUCAAGACUCUACCGCAGGCCUGCAUGUGGAGGGUUGAGUGUCAAUCAAGCAUGUCCCCUCAACUUCUCUCCUGUUUGCGAAAAUGAUGGCAUCACAUACGUCAAUGAAUGCACCCUGUGUGUACAGAGAAUGCACACUAAUGCAGACAUUCUGAUUGUGAAAGAAGGUCACUGCUGAGAUGGACAAACUCAUGAUAUCAUAACUUCUGCUUUAUUAUCUAUGUUGGUGUGUUUGCCAUGCAGAUCUAGACCUGUAUUGCAGGAUGCAUGUGCAUGAGUUUUUUUUCCAAUUUUAAUGAUCUAAUCAUAUACAUUUAGUGUGGUUUUCUUGUCAGUUUGUUUAACAUUAAUAUUGUUCUGUCUUGCUGGAAUUUAUUUAAACUCGUCUUGCUUAAUAAACAUAAUUAUUGUGUGCAGUCGUUUUGAGAGAGAAGUGCG